CAUAUUUUCCCCUCAUCUUCGAUAUUUAAUUUGUUUUUUUCUUUUCUUUCUUUCCAGCGCCACAAAAUCUCUCUCUGUACGGUUUGUUCCCCCGGCGACUACCCGCCUUGUCCCAGGGUCAUGGAACAUGGGGUUGUCGUCGGACAAAACUUCCUUCGAUCAUAAUACCCAUAUGGCAAUUGUUUUGGGGGUCGGACUUGGUGUUGUUACUCUGAUUAUCAUGUGCUUGCUAUUUACCAUCUUUGUGAACCGCCGUGACCAGCGUCCCUGCUCAAAAAGCAAGAAGAAGAAGGGAUCGAGCGACAAGCUGCGCAAAUUGGAUGCCGUGUCGCCGGCUCGGACUCUAGAAGAAUGGCGCUCGAAAUCGAAGGGGCCCCUUUUACCCACCGAGGGAGUUGAUGGUCAAUUUGUAUGCGUUGUUUGCCUUGAAUCUGUUCUACCGUCUCAGGAGAUCCGGGAGCUCAAAUGUCUGCACGUCUUCCACAAGGAAUGCCUGGAGAAAUGGUAUCUGCAGGACCAAUUCAAUUGUCCGCUCUGUCACAGAGCGUACUAUUUUCAGGAAACGCACCCGAGUAAUGACUUUGUAUGGAUGGUAUGAUUGAUGUCUGUUGAUGCGCGUGCUCUUUGACUUUUGCUUGUUCUUAUUAUUUGGCGUUUCGGGUAGGUCGAUAUGUUUUAGGUUGGCUCGGUUUUGGUCGGAUGGUUGUUGUCUGUUCUUGCUCUUUGUUUGCCGCAUUGUCUCGUUGCCGAGAUUACUAUAUAAUGGUCUCAGGUAGUUGCGACUUUCCUCCAAUUACCGACGCUGAAAUGUGAUACCCUAGCGAAUGAGCUCCGAGCCCAACUAGUUCUUUGCAAGACCAAAGCCGUCGGUGGAAGACAGGAAAUCAGUGCUGAAGUCCCAGUUACUCGGAUUAUACCAAUCCAGGAAACUGUCCAGGCCAGAGGUCACAUCAUUGAAGACAUCGCGCUGGAUAGGCUGUGGGUCAAUGAUCUGGUCCAGAAUAUGGGACAGUUUCUUCUCGGCUUCCUUGCAGGUCUGAUAGUUACCAUACGUUGGACGCGGAACCCACGACAGACAUGAUAGAAAUACA